GCAGCCCUCUCGGGACAUGAGUCUACUAUUAAGAUACUUAUAGAGGCUGGUGCCGAUAUUUUGGCAAAAGAUGGGGAACAAAGAUCGCCGCUACAUUGCGCGGUUGCCGAGGGACAUACAGCUGUUAUUGAAGUACUUCUUGAAGCUGGCGCGGAUAUCGAAGCAAAAAACAAGAACAAUGAAUCGCCGCUAUUUAUAGCGUUUCAGAAGAAAAAGGAGUCUAUUAUUAAAAUGCUUCUUAAGGCUGGCGCGGAUAUUGAAGCAAAAAACAAGAACAAUGAAUCACCGCUACAUUGCGCAGUUGCUGAGGGAUAUACAGCUAUUAUUGAACUACUACUUAAAGCUGGCGCGGAUAUUGAAGCAAAAAAUAAGAACAAUGAGUCGCCGCUAUUUAUAGCAGUUCAGAAAAAAAAUGAGUCUAUUAUUAAAAUGCUUCUUAAGGCUGGCGCGGAUGUUCAAACAAAAAACACAGAUGACGAAUCGCUGUUAUUUAUAGCAGCUUGCAAUGGAUCUAAGGAUAUUAUAAAAAUGCUUCUUCAUGCUGGCGCAAAGAUUGAAGUAAAAAACAAGAAUGAUGGAUCACUGCUAUUCAUAGCGGUUCAGGAAAAAUAUGAGUCUACUUUUAUUAAAAUGCUUCUUGAAGCUGGCGCGGAUGCGAAUGUGAAGGGCAGAGAGGGCAAAUCGGCACUAUAUCUCGCGGUUGAAACAGAAGACAAAGAUAUUAUUGAACUACUUUGGAGGACUGGCGCGGAUACUCACUUGGUGGAAAAAAACAGCGAGUCACUGCUGCACAUACCAGCCGAGAGGGGAGAUGGAGACAUGGUUAAAUUCCUUCUUAACGCAGGCGCGGAUGUCCAAAAAAAGCGGCAGGGUGCAUUGCCACUACAUAUGGCGACACGGGUUGACGGCAAGUAUGCUUGGACGGAAAGUCGUUACACUGCUGUGGCUGAGUUGCUACGCAAGGACGCAGCGAGCAUCAACGAACGAGAUGAUCGUGGCUGGACGCCACUGCUUUGUGCAAUGAACGCUCCCAAUGAGUUGCAUGACGGGUACGAUUGGUGGAUAGCAGCUGUUGAACUUUUGAUACGAAACGGCGCAGAUGCCAACGCACAAACAUCAGGAGGGGAAGCAUCGCUGCAUUUCACAGCACAGCAGCAACAUAAAGGAGCAACUAGGCUACUUCUUGACGCCGGUGCCGGUGCUAACAUAAAAGACAACUGCGGCAAAACGCCGCUGCAUAUCGCAGCAAAGCAGCAACAUGAAGAAGCAACCAGGCUACUUCUCGACGCCGGUGCUAAUGUUAACACAAAAAACAUGUGGGGUGAAACGCCGCUGCAUACUACAGUAACGCGGAGAAUUGAAAUAAUAACCAGGCUACUUCUUAAAGCCGGUGCCAGUGUUAACAUAAAAAACAAUUAUGGUGAAGCGCCGCUGUAUAUUGCAGUCACGCGGGGAAUUGAAACAGCAGCCAGGCUACUUCUUGAAUUCGGCGCCGAUGUUAACAUAAAAGACAAUCGCGGCAAAACACCGCUACAUCAGGCUUGUUCCGCGAAGAGCUAUUUUUUAGUAAACUUGUUACUUGAAAAUGGCGCGGAUAUUGAUGCAAAAGAUCAGGAAGGGGAAACGCCAUUACAUAAAGCAGCUCGUGGAGAUCUAAAUUCGGUUGAGUUGCUGAUUUCUAAUAAAGCGAACUUGCAAUCGAAGAACAACAAUGGUCUCACCGCACUGGAGAUUGCUCAAAAUCAAUUGACAAAAGUAGCGCCUGGUCGCCGCUGGUAUACUCAAAAAACCAUAGAUAUGCUAGAAGAGGCACAAAAUCACCUCAAGGGAUGAAUUUGAAUCGUUUUAAUUGAUACUCAAAUGAAUAGUAAAAUGAUCUUUAAAUAUAUCAAUCUAGUUUUUAGCUUCUUUCUCAAAU